AUGCUCCUGACUCAUAUUCCGCCGCAAAUGGCAAUUCACCUCUUGGACGUAGCGCCUAUUAUCCGGUCCAUCAUCUUUCCACUUCGGACAGACAUACACAUCCGAUCAACGAAUCCAAUACUCGCUGACUUAACGUUUUAUUAUUUCCAUUUAACAUUUAUACUUCUCUUCCUUUUCUUUCAUAUUUUCUCCACAGUCCUCCUCUCUGAACGCCCUAGGUCCACAGGCAUAGGCUCAGCUUCUCUGAUGCUUGGCAACACAGGCGAAUCUUAUCACUGUCUUCCCACUGAUCACUCCAACCAAAACUUAACACAUGACUCUUCAGGCUCGUUGGUGCUUUCAUCUGCUACUGAUUGCGGUCAUUCUAUGCUUCCCGACAAGAAUUCAUCAUCAUGCGGCACUAUAAUGUCCAGCUACGAUCUGCAUUCGAUGGUCAGUUAA